CAGCUGCAGGGACGCAUCGUACGCGGUGGGCAUGAUAUGCGGCGCUAUCGUCGGGCAGGUUUCAGAUGACACAUACACAGGAGCUGGGCGAGCACGAGGAACUCCUCGCCUCCAGCAUGUGUUCUCCAGGUCUGUGGUGAGGCCCACUCGUGAUUUCUAAAAUUUGAGUAAGGUUCAAGUGGUUGCAAAUGGGAUUUAGAUGUUGUCAUGGCAACUGAUGAUGUCACUCCACGCACUCUGAUCCAGGGCUUCAUUGAGGCAUCGUCGGUGAGCAAAAGUGCCGCAUCGACAUCCAGAGUGAGGGUAAGGCGGUCCAACACCGGCAACCGGGUUGCAGCGCUCAGGAAGGAUGACAAGAUGAGGGCACAGUCCAUCAGUGAUCUCACCCCUCGCAGCCUGAUCCAAGGUGUCAUUCAAAAUAACGAAGUGGAGGAGCCUCCCCCAUCCAAGAAGCCACGCAAGAGCCCUCCGGAGACGGAGCAUCCACCGGCCAAGACACCGGGCACACUGCCCCACUCGACUGCCAGGAAGAGGGUCACGAGGCUUGAAGCCUUGGCCACGCCAGGAGGCAACCCGACCCCACGGUCGUUGAUACAAGGACUUGUUGGAACAGCCCCUGUUGAGACUCCAGCAGUUCAUGUGAGGAGGUCAUCAAGUCUGAACCCCACUGAUUUCCCUGAUGUUGAAGAAGCACUUCAGGGCAGAGCUAACAAGGAAUCACUGUCACCUCUUGUUCCAGAGCCCACAGAUACAACCAACCAGUCACAGCCCCCGGCCACAAAUGCCCGUAAGAGACAGCAAGUCAGCAGUGAGGACUUCGCGACCGGUAUCCAGGAGAGGCUGGUGCAGAGGCAGGGUGGGGACACCGAGGAGGAGGAGGAAGAGGCGGGUGAGGUUGGCGACGUCACCGAAACGGAAGACGUCCAGGAGAGCAUCUCAGAGGAUGCAGGGGAUGGGAGCCAGGAAUUGGCCGAGUCUGAGGAAAACCUACAAGACACCCAGGGAGACAUUGAUGAUAAAGAGGACGAAGCAAAAGAACAGGAGACUGCUGAUGUACCUGACGAUGCUGGAGAGCCCCAAGAUGAAAGCAUAAGAGAAGAGGAAGCACAUCCAGAUUCGGCCAUUAGUACGGCCUCCACCCCCAGCACCACCCCUGCCUCCCAGGCAACACCCCCCGCAGACCGCACCAGCCCAGAAUCCACUAGCAAGCAAGCAGCUGACUCCACAUGGACUGGCAGGGAGCCGGAAGCUUCCAUUCCCAGCCAGCGGGAGGGCAGCCCCGGCGGGACCAGGAGGGUGCCCGACUCCACGGUGUUGGACCCUAGUAGUGAGGGCGGUGAAGCCGUCCCGCCUGACCAGCCAACGGAAGAGGAGUCUUCCAUAGCGGAAGACAGUGAGGCACAGCAGACAACCGGAGGGGGAGAGAGCAGCAGACUGAGUGGAUUUUCACCACUGGUCACCCCCAGACUGCCCUCCGGCAGUGGCCGACCCACACCAGCUCUGAAGAAGACUCCCGCCCACCGCCAGGAGGCAGCUCAACGGGAGGAACCUUCUAGUGAAGUCCAGAAACAAGGGCCCAAGAAGAAGAAGCAGCCCCCUAUGGCACCCCGGAAGGAGGCCGCCUGUCUACCCACGAGUCUCACCAGAAGUAUCUUGUCUCACUUCUCCAAGGCAAGGGUGUCCAAGGAGGCAGUGGCAGCCGUGGAGAAAGGCGUGGAGACAUUUUUCAAGAGAUUAUCCAAUGAUCUGACGGCUUACAGCCGCCAUGCCCAUCGACAGACCAUUGAACAAUCUGAUGUGGAGCUUCUCAUGAGGAGGCAAGGCCUGAUCCGAGAUCAGCAAUCCAUGUACGCUCUGAUCGAGAAAUACCUACCCAUGGAGUACAGGCAGGAACUCAUACCUAUGGCCACGGCAGGGAACAAAGUCACACCCAAGCCAUCCCACUGAUUGUCCCAACUAGUACAUAUACCUACCCAUGGAGUACAGGCAGGAACUCAUACCUAUGGCCACGGCAGGGAACACAGUCACGCCCAAGCCACCCCACUGAUUGGCUAUAAUGUACCUACCCAUGGAGUACAGGCAGGAACUUAUACCUAUGGCCACGGCAGGGAACACAGUCACGCCCAAGCCACCCCACUGAUUGGCUAUAAUGUACCUACCCAUGGAGUGCAGGCAGGAACUCAUACCUAUGGCCACAGCAGGGAACAAAGUCAAGCCCAAACCACCCCAUUGAUUGUCCCAACUGGCACCCAUGCCUGGAGUACCAGACAAUGCUAACUACAAUGUCUAGGAGCGUUUUCCCCCAACACCCUGGACCUGCAUUUCAACUCAAACACCCCGACUGCAGGGGGCAGGCUUGGGCUGAAGUGUCACAGGACAGUGCCUUGCGACAAAGGGCAGUAUUGUUGGGAAACUCUUCUGAAGUAAUCCCAAUAAAAUGUAUGCAGUAGGUCAGUGUUAUUUUACCGUGCUGCUCACAAACCAAUUCAAAUGAACUGUUGUAUCCAUAAUGGGACACUGUCACAACUAAAUAGUCAUCAGGGUGUGGAUUACACUGAUGUGGGCCUUUUCAGCACACUCGCUUUCUAAUAGAAAAAGCGAAAGCCAAAAUGGGAACGAGUACAGGCCACAGACUAUUCUCCGUGUCUUAUACUGCUGUGUCUUCAAGUGUAAGUUGUCGUGUAACAGUGACCAUGAAAUGUUGGACACUAUACUGUAGGGACUAUUCUCAUUGCCAAUGCCUUUGGUCCAGCUCUUACCUUUCAAGACACUUGAAUGUAUUACAUGUAACUUACAUGUCAAUUUUUAAACACAAUUUUGCUCAUUUGUUUAUUCCAAACAUACUUUGUCGCUUUUAAGUGCUCUUAAUGAAUGAAAAUCCAUUGCCUCAGGUUUAUCCGUGGAUGGAGCCAACUAAUGUGUCAAAAUUUGUGUCAAAUUUGUAAAUUAUGCCUUCUUUGUACAAUUUUUUUGAAUGAAAAAAACUGCUUAGUUUUUCUUGGCCGUUUGGAAAUUCGUUUUUGUUUGUAAAAUAAACUUCAUUAUCCACAAGUUA